GUGCCGUGCUCCAGGUCGAUGUCACCAGCGGCGGUUCCCAGCGCGAGCCUCGUUGCCGAGGCCAGCGUUAACGACCGCAGCGACGCGAAUCAUCAUCUUCGCCGAGGACGACACGCCAGGGUGCCGACGACGUCACCUCACUGAUCGCGCGCGAGAAUAAUGAGAAUCAACGCGACGAAGAUGAGCACUCCGAUCGAGGAGAAGAUUGACCAGAAACUGAAGGUGCGGACGGGAAUGGUGACGGUGAGCGACGGGAAGAGCAAACCCGUUCCGAUGCGUUUGCAUCUGUCUAUGGAGGUAUUAAAACUUCAACGGGAGGAUCUGGAGACGAGAACAAAUUUUCAGCAGGCAGUGAAUCACAAUCAGCCACCUCUGGACACUCAGGAGCGCAUGGUGCAGAUCACCAGACAGAAGACCGGCGGUUUGGGGCUGAGCAUUAAGGGCGGUGCGGAACACAAACUUCCGGUGCUCAUAUCGAGGAUCUAUAAGGGUCAGGCUGCCGAUAAGUGCGGUCAACUGUUUAUAGGGGACGCGAUUAUCAAAGUGAACGGGGAAUAUAUCACGGCGUGUAAGCACGACGACGCUGUCAAUAUUUUGAGGAACGCCGGCGACAUAGUGGUUCUAACGGUCAAGCAUUAUCGAGCGGCCAAGCCAUUUCUACAAAAGAACGAUAAAGAGGAGAAGUUGGAUAACGUUGCCAACGGCACGGCGGAGGACGGCUGGAUAUCGCCUAACAGACAAGGGGGUAGCCCCAGGUGCAGUCACAGUCGACAGAGCUCGAACGCAUCUUCCAGCACGAUGCAACAUAAAAAAUGGGUGGACGUCAUUACAGUUCCGCUAAUGAUGGCGUAUGUGACGAGAUACAUAUUCGGCACCGACAAGUUGAGAAGAAACGCGUUCGAAGUCAGAGGACUCAACGGGGCGCGUACAGGAGUGAUACACUGCGACGAUAGCGCUAUUCUCAGCCAAUGGUUGAAAUACAUAACCGAUAACAUAACAGGAUUGACGCAUUUGCAGAUGAAACUGUACAAUCGUAACUUCGGAGUCGGCGAGCGCAUAGAAUAUAUGGGUUGGGUAAAUGAAGCGGUAAGCAACAGCAAUCAACCGUGGCAAAGUUACAGGCCGAGGUUUCUGGCUCUUAAAGGACCGGAUCUGUUGUUAUUCGAGACACCCCCGUGCAACAUAGGCGACUGGUCACGCUGCGCGCUUACGUUCAAAGUGUACCAGACGAUGUUUCGCGUGAUGCGCGAAUCAGAAAAUGUGGACGAGCGGCAGCAUUGCUUCCUGACGCAGAGUCCGGGUAAACCGCCGCGUUAUUUGAGCGUCGAGACCAGGCAAGAACUUCUGCGAGUCGAAGCGGCAUGGCACACGGCGGUGUGUUCGGCUGUCACGCAUUUGAAGAGCAAAACCUUCCCGGUGACUUUCAACGGCAAGAGCGCGUGUUUAACGUUGGAGUGGACUCAAGGAUUCACGUUGUCGUACGAGGGAAUCGGUGAGGUAGCGUGGCGUUACAAAUUCUCACAGUUGAGAGGCUCCAGCGACGACGGCAAGAGCAGGCUCAAGUUGCACUUCCAAGAGCUUGAUAGUAUUGCGAUCGAAACGAAGGAAUUCGAGUGUUCCCAGUUGCAAAACUUGUUGUUUUGUAUGCAUGCGUUUCUUACUGCGAAGGUAGCCGCGGUAGAUCCCACAUUUUUAACGUCGACCACUCCGUAAACAAACAAGCGAGAAGAAUGUAAUAUAGGUGUAACAAUAUUAAAUACGUUAAUGCCGACGAAUCACCAUGCGCGGAUGGAUCACUUUUGUGUUCUGUUGUCGUUUACACGGAUACGGAUAGCGUGUGUGUAUGUGUGUGUGUGUGUGUGUGUGCGUGUGCGCGCGCGUGUGUACGCUGGAAAAUUACAAGAAGAAGAAGACGAAGAAGAAGAAGAAGGAAAAAAAGAGAAGCGACAGAAACUAGUCAAUAUAAUCCAAAAGGUAUUUUUAUUGUUUACAUAUACAAAUCACAAAGUGGUACUACUCUAACUCAUCCUACCAAGCCAAUUUCACAAGUAUGUAUAUGAAUCUAAACGGCUAUCAUAUAGUGCGCAUAUUAGAUAAGUAUAUUCCCGCGAGUUUCUAGGAGUGGUAGUGUGUGGAUGGUGGGCCCGAUGUUUGCGUUAUCAACAUUAUGCUUACGUACAUUUAUACGUAAUAUUGUUUGAAUGUCUUGAGAGAAACGUAACAUUAAUUGCAAUCUGAAUGAAAUUACUUAUAAGUUUUCGAAUGUAGUGUUUUACUCUUUCCGCGUGCUGAAUAUAUAUAUAUAUAUAUAUAUCCCUGUUUUAUUUUGUAUACAAUAUUUAACGGACGAUCACGCGAGUUGACAUAAAAAAAAAAAAAAAAAUUAUAAUUUGUAGAAAUUAAAGCAACACACGCAAAGAGUGACACAUGCCGGUUCAUGAGUUUUAAUUUGCAGUGAUGAGAACGAUCAUUUGUUUUUAUUAUAGUAGAUUAUAUUUUAUAUAUACAUAUAUACAAUGCUUAUAUAUCUCUCUCUAUAUAUAUAUUUGUAUUGCGUGCCGUACAUGUAUCAGGUGCCUUAAAAAAAACCAUGAAAAAAAGAGAAGUUGCGAAAUUAUAAAGGAGGCAUCAAGUUUUCGUUUCUCGUCAAUAAGACAUAUAAAUCAUUACGCGCAUAUAUAUAUACAGUUAGAAACGUGUUGAAACGUAAACCACACGAAUAUUGUCGUUGCAUUUUCGUUCGAAAAAUUCUGAUUUGCGAUUCUUCUGAAUGAUGUUUUGAGAUGAGUGCGAUUGAAUCGAAGAACACGCAGUAUUGAUUCGUCCAUAUGACAAAUCGUCAACAUAACAAUUACAGCCCUAUAGCAAUAAAGCGUUUAAAGUAACUAUUAUGGGUGGCUCACACACUCAAAGCGCGCGCAACGUCGUGAAUAAUCUCGAAAUAGUUCAUUCAUCAACGCAGUAUUAUCGAUGGGGGCAAUAAGUUUUAUAUAAAAAUUAAUAAACGCGGCGGGGAGUAUUGUGACAUUAUCGAGCCGCAGUUAUUAUUGAAACGCGAUCUGUAAUUGUUAUAAUUGUACUUUCCUGGUAUCGGGCGCAAUUAGCUGUACGCGCGUUGCGUUCUAAUGAUUCGCGAACUUUUCUCGUCUGCGUCGAAAGUUCUUACUAUUGAAGAGAGAAAAUAAACGAUACUCACACACUGAAAAAAAAGCUUAUUUGAUACGUAAUGGAGUAUAUAUAGUGUGGGUGUCACAUACAGGUCUCUGUAGUGUCUUCAAAUAUAUCAAUUAUCUCUUUCCAAUAUCUCUCUCUCUCUCACUAUAGUUACUUAGAGUUAACACUGUAUAUUAUAUAUACAUAUAUAUACAUCUUAU